AACAGUUACAUUCUUACGUGGCAGACUCCUAUUAGAGAGCCUGACAAACAUUGCCGACGUGGCUUUCCAUUAAAUAAACCGGUACUUUUCUUCUGGCGUCGGGUUCCUGGAUCCUCUCUCGCUGUUACGAGGCUUCUUGGAUCUCUGUAUCAGGUAAUGUGUAAUUUACGGAUUGAAAAUUGAAAGUGUCGAGUUGGGUGAUUUGAUUUUGAAUUCGAGUGUCGAGUUAUCGUUAUGGAGAGUAACAAAGACGAGGCGUUGAGAUGUUUUCGUAUUGCUGAACAAGCUAUUGCUUCUGAAAAUAAAGAGCGUGCAUUGAAAUUUAUUAAAAUUGCGCGACGGCUCAAUCGUGAUUUAUCUGUUGAUGAACUUUUGGCUGCUUGUGAGAAGCUUGGUUCUGGUGAUUCCGGGUUGAAGAGGCGUAUUGAUGAUGGUGAUGAUAAGAAAAUUAAGCGCCCGUUGAAAUUUGAUGAGGAUUUGAAUGGGGAGAGGAAUUAUGGUCAAGAAGAUGUUGAAUUGAUUAGGCAGAUUAAGAGAAAACAAGACUAUUAUGAGAUUCUCGGUGUGGAAAGGACUUCUACAGUAGAGCAGAUUAGGAAGGCAUAUCGAAAAUUGUCGUUGAAGGUCCACCCAGAUAAGAAUAAGGCGCCGGGUUCUGAGGAAGCAUUUAAGAAAGUGAGCAAGGCUUUCAAGUGCUUGAGUGAUGAUGAUUCGAGGAGGCAGUAUGAUCAUGUUGGUUUGUUUGAUGAAUUCGAAUAUAACCAACGGCAUAAUGUUAGGCAGAGGAGAAGGAGAACUCAGCAUGAUUUUUUUUAUGAGGAUUUUGAUCCUGAUGAGAUAUUUAGGUCAUUCUUUGGUCAAACAAAUAUGUUUCGAUCAGCAUAUGUUUAUAGUAAUAGAGAAUCAAGGAGUCAUCAAAGAGAGGAGUUUCAUGGACCAGGGCCUAAUCUUUUGGUUCUUCUUCAGAUAAUUCCUUUUUUGUUGAUAUUAUUGCUUGCUUUCCUGCCAUUUUCAGAGCCCAGUUACUCAUUGCACAAGAAUUUUCACUAUCAGAUUCCUAGGACUACUGAGAAAUAUGGAGUCGAAUUUUAUGUGAAAUCAUUAGCAUUUGAUGAGCACUUUCCUCAUGGUAGUCCUGCUCGAGCUCAUGUUGAGAACAAUGUGGUUAAGGAUUACAAAACAUUGCUUUGGAGGUAUUGUAAUGUAGAGCUACAGAAGCGCCAUUGGAAUAAGAAUCUGCCUACUCCUCACUGCAAUAAACUAGAAAAUUUUGGACUAGCAUAAAGCCUCUUGACAUAAAUAUAUAAAGCUAGCUUAUGGAUCUUUCCUAUAAAUUCGGUAGAGCUAUUACAGCGAGCUCCACAUUUACUUCUGUAUUUCAUCCGGAUGCAAAACCUGACAAAUCUUUCUAGUUCAAGUAGUUCUGACAAAUCUUUCUAGUUCAAGCAGUUCUUCGGCUUUUAUUUUUUUGGGUUGCAAUUUAAGAUUCAGUCUCCUCAUAAAUUGUCACUAAUUUACUUGAGAGAGUAACAAGUUUAACUGCAUAUGGGCAUCCAUUCUGGGCAGAAAGCUAUAGUGCAACUUAGGACGACCGAGCUGCUUUUUUAUCCAAGAAUGAGAACUAAAGCAAUUACUUUAAAACAGAGAUUUACACUUGGCACUGUGAUGAACACUCACUCGAAAGUGUUUAAAGUUUUGGUUACUAGAGGAUCUUAUGUCAGACCGGGUUGUAAUGCAUAUUUCAAGCAACAUUUUGGACCACAUAUUUCUCUUUAGAUGUUUUUUAGUGUUGGCACGAUCUUACAAUCUUAUUUAUCUAAAUAACACGAUGUUUCUUCAA